AUGGGUAAGAGGUUCGGCUUCAAGAGGGCAAACACCAACCAAGAUGAGCCCAUCACCAUCAAUGAGCUCCAAAAACUCGACAGCCAAAGCAAGCAUGCUGGCAGCAGCAAGCUCGGCCCUGACCAUGGAGUUCCGGAGGAAGUCAUUGAGGGCGAUGUCCGUGAGAUCACUGAGGUAGAGGCCAACCAUGCCCUCAAGUCCUUCCGCAAGGAUCACAUGUGGGAUCCUAACAUGGAGGAUGAGACUUUGGACAUAGUUGACGCCGUCACUGGUGCUCAUGAUGCCAAAGGAGAGGCUCAAUUGGUCGACGACAUGAUUGAAAACUCACCGUAUCCUGAAGUAAUUGCCAAGGUUCGUGCUGUCGUAAGAAACUACGACGAGGAUGUCCCUACAAGCACCAUCAGAGCAUGGACUAUUGGUCUCCUCAUGACCACUGUUUGCUCGUCACUCAACGCUCUGUUCCUGCUCCGCUAUCCCAAUAUCUCUAUCGGUCCUUACGUUGUACAACUCAUCUCCUAUCCCAUCGGUGUGGCAUGGGCAAAAUCACUUCCCAACAAGGAGUUCUCUAUCUUCGGACUCAAGGCUAACCUCAACCCUGGUCCUUUCAACGUCAAGGAGCACGUCAUCAUCGUUGCCAUGGCCAACGCAGCUUUCGGUGGUGGUGCUGGUUACUUUGUCGAUACCGUUGUCUCAUUGAAGAAAUUCUAUCACUUCGACACUAGCCAGUUCGGAUGGGGUUUCAACACUUUGUUCGCCUUGUCGACCCAGUGCCUUGGAUUUGGUCUUGCUGGAUCCGUCCGCAAGUUCCUUGUCGAGCCUGCUGCCAUGAUCUGGCCCGGUGCUUUGGUCAACGUCGGUUUCAUGUACGCCUUGCACGAUCACAGCCCUGCUGACCCCACGAAGACCAGCGGCUGGAGCGUGAGUCGUUACAAGUGGUUUAUGAUCUGUAUGGUUGCUAUGUUUGUCUGGUCCUGGUUCCCUGACUUCAUCAUUCCUGCCUUCAGCUACUUCGCUUGGGUCACUUGGAUCAAGCCUAACAAUGUUAUCGUCAACCAAUUGUUCGGCCAGCAGACCGGUGUCUCUCUGGGUUUCCCCUUCACUGGCUUCACUCUCGACUGGGCCCAGAUCAACUCUUUCUACGGCAGUCCUCUGCUUUCUCCAUGGUACGCUCUCGCCAACACUGGAAUUGGUAUCAUCUUCUUCGGCUGGAUUAUUGUCCCCGCCUUGCACUACAGCGGUGUCUGGUACGCCGAGUACCUUCCCAUCUCGCAAAACGGUAUCUUCGACAACCAAGGUAACACUUACAAUAUCUCGAGAAUCUUGACGCCCGAGCAUAUCGUUGAUCCCGUGAAAUACGAGGCCUACUCGCCUUUGAUGCUCUCAACUGCCUUUGCUCUGACCUACGGUAUGAACUUUGCGUCGAUCGCCGCACUCGUCAGUCACACCUACCUCUUCCAUGGCCCCGAGAUCUGGCGCCGAUUCAAGUCCUCCAAGGGUGAGCUCGAUGACAUCCACAUGAAGCUCAUGCGCAAGUACAGACUUGUGCCCACCUGGUGGUACCUUGCUCUAUUGGCCGUCAUGAUCGCAUUCGCUUUCGUCUCAGCACUUGCAUACCCUACUGGCAUGGCGUGGUACUCGGUCAUCCUUUCGCUGAUCAUUGCAACUGUCUUCACUAUUCCUAUCGGUAUUAUCCAAGCCUUCACCAACAUCCAGCUGGGUCUCAACGUGUUCACCGAGUUCAUCAUCGGUUACGUUCAGCCCGGUCACCCUAUCGCCAUGAUGAUGUUCAAGACUUUUGGAUACAUUGUUAUGACUCAGGCGCUUUACUUCUGUCAGGAUCUGAAGCUCGGUCACUACAUGCACGUGCCUCAGCGUUCUAUGUUCACUGCCCAGUUGGUCGCCACUAUCUGGUCUUGUCUUUGCCAGCUUGCCACAGUUGAAUGGGCCAUGGGCGCAAUCAAGCAUGUUUGCACCAAGGCAGCUUCUGGAAACUUCACCUGUCUUUCGAUCAAGACAUUCUACAAUGCCAGUGUCAUUUGGGGUGCUAUCGGUCCCAAGCACCUGUUCUCUGAUGGAGCUACCUACCAGGGUCUGCAAUACUUCUGGUUGGCAGGCUUUGCCUCGCCCUUCCUCGUCUAUGCGCUUGCUCGCGUGUUCCCCAAGAUGUCUAUGAUCCGCAAGAUCAGUAUGCCCCUGAUCUUUGCUUGUUUCAGUUAUGUUCCUCCCUACACUGCCAUGAACAUCCUUUCUUGGGUUGCAAUUGGUUGGGUCUUCAACAAGUACCUUCGUCAGAAGCACCGCGGAUGGUGGAUGGAGUACAACUACAUCACCUCUGCCGCCUUCGAUGUUGGUCUUGCGAUCUGCGCCAUCAUCCUCUUCUUCUGCGUACAGCUGCCAGGCAAGACCAUGCCUGGCUGGUGGGGUGUCAACAUUGUCGGAGACACUCUGGAUGGUGCUGGUGGUAACGUCCAGAAGACUGUUUCCGGCGACGACUACUUCGGUCCUAGAACUUGGAAGUGGUAA